CACACCCUACCUACAUUUGGACAUGUCUUGUAAAAUUUGUACAAAAGUGCUUCAGAAAUCUCACAGGUUCUUCAUCAGAAGAAUACUGCACAACAGUCCGGCAGUUUAUCACCAGAUGCAGAACUGUAACCUAACUACAGAUGCGCCAUCUAUUGUAAUACCAAAGAAGAUCAAGCGGGAUGAACUGUCAAUCUUACAGGCACUUGCAUCAACAGUUGAAAGAGACACCAAUGCCCCAGCUUAUCAGUACAUGGACGACCCAUUUUUUCAGCCCACAUCAUUGUUGCAGAAGAAAUCAUACAGUCUAGCCAAGGCAUCAGGGAAGAAAGCGGCACACUAUGUAAUGGACAGAUGGCCCUGGAUCUUUGAACAUGGGGUCUAUAAAGAGAGCUAUUUCAACAUACCAGAGGUGUGGAAGGUGAAGGGCAGCAAGUGCAAACAUGACAUCUCUACAUUGGAUGGCCUUGAGGAGAGACUUGAGAGACGAAUGGUGGGAGAGGCCUUUCAAGCCUAUAGAGCUCUCACUGAGUCUGGCAUAGAAAUUCCUCAAGAUAUAUGCCUUCAGUUACUAGACUUGCAGUCUAUCUUCAAUGGUUCGAAUGUCACUGAAAAAGAUCUACCUCCUGAAGAAAUGUUCUACCAGGACCCUAAUCCUAAGACAGGAGGAGGGGGACAACUUAGAGAAACUUGGAGGGCUAACCACCCUGCUGAGGUGAUGUUUGAGAAUCUCACUGAGAAGACACCAGAGGCUUAUGCCAGUAUCAUUAAAGGAAUGGUGAAAUAUUCAGAAGCUGAAAGAGCAUACCAGUUAUACACAGAAAUGUUGGAGAAUAACAUACCAGUUGAUGUGAGUGUAUACAAUGCAGUGAUCCUCAUUUCCUUCCAAUUGAAAGACAUGUCUGCAGAGCGCUGGGAUCAAGUCAUAACUAUAAUGGAAGACAUGAAAAAAGCAAAUGUAGCCCCCAAUCUGGAGACAUUCAACAAUGCCUUGCAGAUCCUUGGGAGAAUGCCAAGGUUCAACAAACGACAGGGGUUGGCAAUUGCUACCAUCAAUGAAAUGAUAAAGUGUGGAAUAGAGCCUAGUUUGGGAACCUUUACAUUGCUACUAAAAAUAUUCUACGCAUUUGAUGAUAAUAAUGGGCCAAUAUUAGGUGAUAUUAUCAGCUAUUUAGAGUCCAAGGGGGAAUCUAUACUGAGGAGCUCUUUAGACCUGCAAUUUUUCUCCACUGCGAUGAGUAAGAUAGCGUACAACAUGCAUGACGUUGACAUGGCCCACAGGCUUCAUGCUCUUCUUAAUGUUGGAGAAAAUAUCAAGUUCCUGUCUAACGCUAACAGACAAAUGAACUAUUAUAAUGCAUACUUCAAGCUUGUCUGUAUGUUUCAACCUAUUGGUGAAGUGAUGGCAUUAUAUGAAGAACUCACUCCAAAUAUAUGGUCCCCUAGUGGCUUCCAUAUCCAAGAGCUGCUACAGUGCAUCAAGAUGAACCAUGCUUAUGAGCAUCUACCAAUUGUUUGGUCAGAUUUGAUUCUCUUUGAGCACGCUUUCAAACCAGAGACAAUGUCAAUGUUUGUUGAGAUUAUGGCAUUGAAAAAGCAAGAUGUUGAGCUGCAGCAACAGUUUGCAAACAUUGCGCUGAGAAUUAUGGAGAAAAAAGAUGAAGAAAUAGAGAGGAAAUUUGUGCCAAGGCCAUUAGAGCUGUCGGGUCAACUGCUGGGACAAUGUGCCGUUAUAUGUGCCAGAGCUGAGAUGCCAGAAAAAGCAGAGUCAUUUAUCAAAUACUAUCUCUCCAACCAGAAUACCCUCAGAGGAACUCCAAGUGUUGCUAACCUGGAAGAACUGGAGAAAUUAGAAAUUAUCGAUGAGGAUACUAUAGCCAAAAUACAGGGUGAUGAGGAUUGAAGAGGCUGAAGACAUCUUGAAACCAAUCAAUUAAAUCAGAGGAUACAUCAUCUUGAAACCAACCAAUAACAUCAUAGGAAAUAGGGACAUCUUCAAAUCAACCAAUUUAAUUUGAGGACAAAUGGAUAUCUUAAAACCAACCAAAGACAUCAGAGGAGAUAUAGAAAUCUUGAAACAAAAGAAGUCAGAGGAAAUGGGGACAUCUUGAAAUCAAUAAAUGAUAUCAGUCAUCACCAGAAUAAGCUAUGAAACGAAGUCAAUGAAUAUGAUAUUGAAUCACAACCACAUUUUCAGGCUCUUGGUUUGAACAUACAUGUUCUUACUUUUAUUCAUUUUUGAAUGUGAAAAUGUAAAACAAAAUUGGACAUUAGACUGUUAGAUGAUAUCAGAAAAACAUUUACUACUUUACUUGGAAGUAAAAUAGGUGUGUAUAUUCUUGUAUAAAUACAGUCAUGAAUAUAAAAUCAUAUCUAUUAAAUAAUCUGUGCCUGUACUCUUGUUACUGAGAAUUCAUAAUUCCUAAGUUAAAGAUUUGCUCUAAAAUCUCAACCUUGUUCAAUCCUUAAUCAUGCAAUUGUGGUUAUUUGUAGGCUAGAGUGACAUUUUCUUUUACAAUUAUCAUCAUAGAAAUUGUGUACAUAAUUUAGUCUUUGAGAUAAUUACUAUAGGUCUUUUGAUACAAAUUGUUGGGAAAUGAAAACAAAUUCAUUUAUUGAUUUGAUAAAGAAAUUUAUUGAUUCGAUAAAUAGGGCUCUGAUCAACCUGAAUCCCUACGUGCACAUUCACAAGUAAACAUUUGACUUUCAGAAUUAUAAACUCCAUUGUUGGAAGUUAACCUGGGAAUGUUUGUAUCGGUUAUAGAAUUCGAUACAAAAGCAAAAUAUUUGGUACAGAUAUUUAGUUUGCUGUGACAUAUUUAAGACUUGUCUUGCUUUGAGAAAGCAUAAGUCAUGCCUGGGAAGUCAUGCAACAUUUCAAAUCACAGACAUGUAAUUUCAACUGAUCAAACCAUUGAAACAAAAACAUUUUAAACAAAAUAUAGUUAAUUAUGAUAUUUUUUAUUCUGUUGAAUUAAGACAGUGUUUUGUAAACGACCUUUUGUUAAUGGCUGUGCUUAUUUCCUUUGAUCAAAUGCCCAAUAUCAAUUCUACUCAUUGGCUUUUUUAAGUUUUUUAUGGUCAUAUCAUAUCAUAUGAAAUAGAUGAACUAUUCCGUGGAAAAAUUCCCGCUGCACACUUUUACGAUAUUGACUUUUUAAUGAAUCAAAUGAAUUAUGGUCUUACAUAUCAUGAUAAACCAUGGCAUCUCAUUU